GCUGAUUCCAUUCUCCGGAGCAAACCAAACCAUCGUGUGGUGAGUGGUGGAAGGACUGCAGUGGUGGUGGUGGUGUCUAUCAUGGUGUUGGUAUUAUUACAAGAAGAAGAUGAUGUCAUUGCAUCCCCGUCGAGUCCGACUAAAACCAUGGCUGGUGGCCCAAGUUGAUAGUGGCCUGUAUCCUGGCCUUAUGUGGCUCAACAGAGAAAUCAAACGCUUUCAGAUCCCAUGGAAACAUGCAACACGGCAUAGUCCCCAGCAUGAAGAGGAAAACACUAUCUUUAAGGCAUGGGCAGUGGAAACAGGAAAAUAUCAGGAAGGUGUAGAUGAACCAGAUCCUGCAAAAUGGAAAGCACAGUUACGUUGUGCUCUGAAUAAGAGUCGGGAAUUUAAACUUAUUUAUGAUGGAACCAAAGAAGUGCCUAUGAAUCCUGUGAAGAUUUAUGAGGUGUGUGACAUUCCACAAGCAAAUGGGACAAUUAGUAAUCCAGGUUCCACAGGCUCUGUACCUUGGGAGGAAAAUGAUAUUGAGCUGGAAGAUGAGAUUGAAGAUGAGGAAGCAAGCCAGACACAAAUUGCUGUUCCACUUCAGGACUCUUUUCCUUUUCUGAACAUAAAUGAUUCCCCAAUGGCUCCAGUCAGUAUUGAUAGUUGUACGACUGUAGAAAGCUGGCUUAAAACAGAACCACCUGAACUAGAGUUACCACCAACGCCAUUUCAGCUUGAUCUUUUCAGUUCUCUUGAGUCCUGGAUAAGCUCUCUUCCAAUUACAGACUUGGAGAUCACAUUUCUGUAUCGGGGAAAAGAAGUUGGAAUUACAACAACAGUCAGUAAUCCCCAAGGCUGCCGUCUUUUCUAUGGGGAUCUUGGCCCAAUGCCGAACCAGGAGGAGCUUUUUGGCCCCAUCAGUUUAGAACAGGUGAAGUUUCCAGGAACUGAGCACAUAACCAAUGAAAGACAAAAACUUUUCACUAACCGGUUGUUAGAUGUCAUGGAUCGUGGUCUUAUUUUGGAAAUCAGUGGUCAUGCUAUAUAUGCCAUUCGACUGUGUCAGUGCAAGGUUUAUUGGUCUGGUCCAUGUGCCUCUAGUAAUGGAACUCCAAAUUUAAUAGAGAGACAGAAGAAAGUCAAACUGUUCUGUUUGGAGACAUUUUUAAGUGAUCUUGUAAUCCAUCAAAAAGGAUUGUCAGAGAAACAACCACCAUUUGAGAUAGAUCUUUGUUUUGGUGAAGAAUGGCCCGAUGGAAGACCAAAGGACAAAAAGCUGAUCGUGGUACAGGUGGUUCCUGCAGUUGCUCGGAGGAUGUAUGAAAUGUUUUCAGGAGAUUUCACACGAUCCUUUGACAGCGGUAGUGUGCGACUUCAGAUUUCUACACCGGACAUUAAAGACAACAUUGUCAGUCAGUUGAAACAGCUCUAUCAACUACUGCAAAACCAUCAAGGGCAAGAGAAUUGGCAGAUGCAUGCCUCUAAUCUACACAUUCCCCAGCCUUGAUCGGCACAGUGAGCAAAGCAACAUCCUAGCAUAUUAAUGGCACAUAUCGAAAACUUAGUUUCUCCCAUAUGGUUAUCUUACAAAUAUAUGCAAAGUUCUUUAAAGGUUUAAUAUUUUCUGAUUUUUUUUUUUUUUUUUUUUUUUUUUUUAAUUUAAAUGUACUGUUUCACAUUGACAUAGCUUUUAUAUCUGUAUAUGCACAGGCACCUUCUCAAUGCUCCUUGUAUUAUUUUGAUUCAUUUACCAUUAGGGUCAUCAUUUCAAAGACCGUCUCAUCAAAAGUUUUCUGUCAAGUACAAUGAAUGAGCUUCCAAAAAGAAAAAAAUAUAUAUCUGUUUUGGGAAGGAAAGGAAGUAAAGCCUGUCCAAAAUAAUUUACUGUGGAUUGUGCCUCUGCUCUCCUACUUAAUAUAACUGCCAUCAGGGCAGCUAAACAUUGCAAGUAAAGCUCCAAACCACCUCAUUAAAGUCCCACUCAAUCUUUGUGUAUAAAUGUGGUUCAUGUGGCUCAUUGAUAUAGUCCUUGAAAACUAAAUGAUCAUCUACUUUUAAUUGUUCACUACAUAUCGUUAUGUUUAUUUAGCUAGCCUAGCAUUGUUUAAAAAGUAAUAAAUAAAUAUAUUUAAUCUAUAAUGAAGGCAUUAUUUUAUGCACUCAUUUAAUCAUGCACUACUGAAAUGUAUCUUAUCUUGGCGGUAUAGUUUUAAAUCAAUUGUUUUAGGUAACCAGAAAACCUUGCAUGUUAUAAGCAACUGAUGUAUAUUAUGGCAGAAAGAAAUGGCACCAUAAAUGUAAUUUGCCACAAGCUGUUAAAUGCAUUGAACCAUAUACGGUUGAAUUGCAUUUAGCUAGUUACACUAAUAUCAGUAUAGUGGAAUGCAACUGGCCAGUUAGUGGUAACGACAACUGAAAGGGCAUUAAGCCACAGUUAGUAUUUUCACUCAGAUGAGCGGAAGCUUUAGAUAUUCCACAUCGCAGAGUUGUUCGGUGCGAAGGGCACAACAGAUGAAUAAUGCUGUGUGCUAUUUUAUGCUGGUGAAUGAGUCAUGUAGUGCUUUAUUUGGGUAAUAUUUUGAUCGCUAAAUUCAUUAAAAUUUUCAGAUGGUAGAAGGCCUCAUGGCAAGAUUACUAAUCAUAGGUGAGAAGAAUGUGACAGUGACAUGCAAUAUUUUGUCACUAAAUAACUUUUUAAACAGGUAAUAUUCCCAUGAAUAGUAAAAUUUCAGCCUUUGCAAUAAGUUAUAGCUUGCUUUGAAGAUGUUGUUCUGUGUAUGUUUUUGAUGUUAUGGUUCCAACCUGUUUGAGUACUGCUAUAGAAUGUAUGUUUAGUGUACUGUAACCCUCUUGCUCUUUAUUCUCAGACUUUGUUCUUGACACUUUUUCAUUUUAAGUUAACAUAUAAAUCACGUACCCAGACUGAGAUGUGCCACAAAAAAUGAGUGUUGGUUGGUCCAGUGUUAAUUUUUAUUUUGUCAUCUGGAUUAAGUACACAUACUUUUAAGAAGUGUUGGGUUCUUUUUUGGACUGAUCACAUCUGAAUCUACAAAAUGAUUGCUUUUAAAUGGUAUAUGUGUUGUUGUGCAUUAAUACUUAAGUUAACAGU